GCGCCCAAUCGCUAGACCUCGAAAAACGCAGCACGGAAACCGAGCAACCUCGCCGCUGCUGUCCCGCUGUCGCGCGUGCAACCAUCCCGACGACCUGGCAGUGAUGUCACGGCAACGCGCUUUUUAACCAUCUCUCACUUCCCCCGUCCUCCAGCGCCGGAAGCGCCAAUCGGGUUUCUAGCUGCGACGACACGCUCACGCGGAAAACAUGGCUUCGAACCCCCCUUCCGACCGCCAGCCAGACUUGGCCCUGGUGUCGGAGGAGGAUUUCCCCUACGAGCAAGACAUCCAACGCAACCCGGGAAACACAAAACCGUGGCUCGCCUACAUCGAAUACAAGCUCCAGCAUGGGACGGUACGAGAGCAGGCGUUUGUCAUGGAGCGGGCAUGCGUCGAGCUGCCGCGGUCGUACAAGCUGUGGAAGAUGUAUCUCCGGUUUAGGAUGAAGCACAUCGCCAAGCUCAACGCCGCCAUCUUCGCCGCCGAAUACCAAAAAGUCAACGCGCUGUUCGAACGAGCGCUAAUUCUCCUUAACAAGAUGCCCAGGAUAUGGGAGAUGUACCUCAAAUUCCUGAUGCAGCAGCCCCUCGUAACCCUCACCCGACACGCCUUCGACCGGGCGCUCCGGGCGCUCCCAAUUACCCAACACAACAGGAUAUGGGCGCUAUACCGGCCGUUCGCGAACUCUGCCGAGGGAAUGACGGCCGUCAAGAUCUGGCGCCGGUACAUGCAGGUCCACCCCGAGGACGCCGAGGACUUUAUCGAGCUGCUGGUCCAUACCGGGCUCUACACCGAGGCCGUCAACAAGUACACCGAUAUCCUCGAUAACCCACGGUUUCAGAGCAAAAACGCAAAGGGCCACUAUGAGCUAUGGAGCGAGAUGGUCGAUCUGCUGGUUGAGCAUGCGGUCGACAUAGAAACGGGUCACGAGGCAGACAUCGACGUGGAAGGCAUCAUCCGGAGCGGAAUCGAACGGUUUGGCGACCAACGAGGGAAGUUGUGGUGCGGGUUAGCGACCUACUGGAUCCGGCGAGGCGAUUUCGAACAGGCGAGGGAUGUGUUUGAGGAGGGGAUCACCACGGUCAUGACGGUGCGAGACUUUACGCUCGUGUUCGACUCGUAUACCGAGUUUGAGGAAUCCAUCAUUGGGGCGUUGAUGGAGGUUGCGUCGACACGAGCCGAAAAGGGCGUAGUGGACGAGGGUGCCGAUUUCGAUCUCGACAUCCGCAUGAUGCGCUUCGAGCACCUCAUGGACCGCCGGCCCUUUCUCCUGAACGACGUACUGCUCCGGCAGAAUCCCAACAAUGUGACUGAGUGGGAGAAGCGGGUCGCACUAUGGGGCGAGAACAACCAAGAGGUGGUGCAGACGUACACCGACGCCAUUGCCGCCAUCCAGCCAAAGAAGGCGGUCGGCGCAUUCCAUCAACUAUGGGCCAAUUACGCCAAGUUCUACGAGAAAGGGGGAGACUUGAGAAAUGCCCGGGUCAUUAUGGAGAAGGCGGCCAAGGUUCCGUUCAAGUCGGUGGCGGAGCUCGCCGACAUGUGGAUCGAAUGGGCCGAGAUGGAGCUGCGAAACGAGAACUUCGACGAGGCCGUCAGGAUCAUGGCCAAGGCGACUCAGGCACCUAAGAGGUCAACGGUAGACUACUUCGACGAGACGCUAUCACCACAACAACGUGUGCACAAGAGCUGGAAGCUAUGGAGUUUCUACGUCGACCUUGUGGAGAGUGUAAGCUCUCUCGAGGAGACCAAGAAGGUCUACGAAAGGAUAUUUGAACUCCGGAUCGCGACGCCGCAAACCGUCGUAAAUUACGCCAACCUCCUCGAAGAACACAAAUACUUUGAGGAGUCGUUCAAGAUCUACGAGCGCGGCCUCGAUCUUUUCAGCUACCCGGUUGCCUUCGAGCUGUGGAAUCUCUACCUCACCAAGGCGGUGGAUCGCAAGAUCGGCAUAGAGCGCUUACGAGAUCUGUUUGAGCAGGCGGUCCUCGACUGCCCGCCCAAGUUCGCCAAGGUCAUCUACCUCAUGUACGGCAACCUCGAAGAGGAGCGCGGGCUGGCGCGGCACGCCAUGCGCAUCUACGAGCGCGCUACGCGAGCGGUAUCGGACGAAGACCGGGCGGACAUGUUCAACUUCUACAUCACCAAGUCGGCCUCCAACUUCGGCCUACCGUCGACCCGCCCCAUCUACGAGCGGGCCAUCGCGACGCUGCCGGACAACGAGGCGCGCGACAUGUGCCUGAAAUUCGCCGACAUGGAGAAGAGGCUCGGCGAGAUCGACCGCGCCAGGGCCAUCUACGGGCAUGCGUCGCAGUUCUGCGACCCGCGGACGAACCCAGACUUCUGGACCAAGUGGGAGCAGUUCGAGGUGCAGCACGGCAACGAGGACACGUUCAAGGAGAUGCUGCGCAUCAAGCGCAGCGUCCAGGCGCAGUACAACACGGACGUCAACUUCAUCGCCUCGCAGGCGCUCGCCAAGAGCCAGCUGCAGAGGCAGCAGGAGGGCGGCGAGGAGGUGGACGAGGAGGUCGCCGACGCCAUGGAGCAGCUGGAGAGGCAGGCCCGCGCGCCGGCCGGGUUUGUGGCCGCGUCCGAGGGGCUCAAGGGCAAUGUGGCCAGCCAGCCGGUCGAGGUGUCGAACCCCGAUGCCAUCGACCUUGACGAUAUGGACGAAUGACAUGAUUUCUCGGCUUAGACGGGGUGGGGGUCGUGUAUGCUUUUCUUCAGAAGGGGGGCCACGCAGGAGGAUGUAUUCUGGGGUGUGG